UAACUUGCAUUUCCUGCUGGAGAGAACCAUUGUGCUGACCAGAAACUAUAAGCUGCUUUUCUAGUGAGCUAUGGAUGAAAGUGAAGAUGUGCCAAAAGAUUUUAUCAAGCUCAAGUCUGAAAAGCUGUCUGUAGAUGAAGUGUCAGAGCUGGUCAUUUCACCAUACUGUGGGGCAGUGUCUCUGUUCAUUGGUACUACAAGAAAUAAUUUUGAAGGGAAGAAAGUGAUUCGCUUAGAAUAUGAAGCAUAUACCUCAAUGGCAGAGACGGAAAUAAAGAAAAUCUGCAGAGAUGUUAGACAGAAAUGGCCAUCAGUCAAACAUAUUGCAGUGCACCAUAGACUUGGUGUGGUUCCAAUAACUGAAGCAAGUGUUAUUAUUGCAGUCUCCUCUCCACACAGAGCAGAAUCUCUUGAAGCUGUCAUGUACUGCAUCAAUACCUUAAAAGCAUCUGUCCCAAUAUGGAAAAAGGAGAUUUAUGAGGACGAAUAUUCUUGGAAAGAAAACAAGGAAUGCUUUUGGGCAAAUUCAGAAAAAUAACUGUACUCUUUUAAAAAUAAAGUGUUACUGUUCCUAAUGAGCA